UGUCGCCAUGUCCCCACUGUGCCCGCUGCUGCUGGCCCUGGCGGCCGUCCCCUGUGCCCUGGGCGCCUGCCCGGUGCCCAGCGACCUCAAGAGAGAGGACGGGACGCGCACGUGCGCCAAGCUCUAUGACAAGAGCGACCCCUACUACGAAAACUGUUGCUCGGGCGCCGAGCUGUCGCUGGAGCCGGGCGCCGACCUGCCCUACCUGCCCUCGAACUGGGCGAACACCGCCUCCUCGCUGGUGGUGGCCCCGCGCUGCGAGCUCACCGUGUGGUCCCUCUCCGGCAAGCGCGGCAAGACGCGCAAGUUCUCCUCCGGCGCCUACCCGCGCUUGGAGGAGUACCGCAAGGGCAUCUUCGGAGACUGGGCCAACUCCAUCUCGGCGCUCUACUGCAGGUGCCCGCCUGUCCCCAGACCCAGAUCUCUGGAGGCCUCAGAGUCCAUACCCAAACCAGGACCCUCUUCUCUGCACCCCCACAAGGUCCCAGUCCCAACCCACCUGCAGCCCCUGCCCCACCUAUUCCCAGGCUCAGAAGGUGGACCCAAUUCCCAGCCUCCAUUCUGGGAGCACCCGUACCCACCUUACCCAAUCCUCCUCCAGGCUGCACCCACAGCUGCACCCCCAGGCGGGGCUGGCUAA